AUUCAAAUUGAAAUGAAAACAUAAUUCAAUCUUUGGAAAUUCCGCUCCAUCUUCCUUCUCUUUGCCAUUUAUAUCGUCCACACCCACCCCUGUUCCCUCCCACAAUGUGAUUCUUCGUUUCCGUCAUUUCGCACAGCCAUGACACGCACAUCGGUAGUGCCUCUUCAUACCCCAUCAUGCACGCUCAACAACAGGCGCAGAACUAACGGCAAGCUCGUUAACGGCAACGAUCAUACUCGGAGCCAGGAGAACACGGAGAAGAAGGAACAGAGAGCGUCGUUCAUGGCGUGGACGGCGGAUGAUGUCUUGCACGUGGCGAAGUUCCAUUGGGUGCCUUGUUUGUUCGGCUUGGGGCUGCUGUUCUUCAUGGGCGUCGAGUACACCCUGCGGAUGGUCCCCUCGUCCUCGGCGCCCUUUGAUAUUGGGUUCGUGGUCACGAGCCCACUCCAUCGCCUGCUCGCCGCACGGCCCGACCUCAACACCUUGCUCGCCGCUCUUAACACGGUGUUCGUGGGGAUGCAAACAAUGUAUAUACUAUGGACGUGGCUAAUAGAGGGCCGUCCAAGGGCGACAAUCUCGGCGCUCUUCAUGUUCACUUGCCGGGGAAUUCUAGGUUACUCCACGCAGCUUCCAUUGCCACAGGGUUUUCUGGGGUCGGGGGUGGACUUUCCGGUGGGGAACGUGUCGUUUUUCCUAUUCUUCUCGGGGCAUGUGGCGGGUUCAGUGAUUGCGUCGCUAGACAUGCGUCGAAUGCAGAGGUGGGAGUUGGCAUGGACAUUUGACGUGCUCAAUGUUCUUCAAGCCGUGAGGUUGCUUGGCACUCGGGGUCACUAUACCAUUGAUUUGGCCGUCGGGGUCGGCGCCGGAAUUCUCUUUGAUUCUCUUGCUGGAAAGUACGAGGAGAGCAAAAGAAAAUCAGCAAUUCCUGCCAUACUACUAUGACCGACCAAUUAAAGGCUUGCUUAAUUUCCUUGAUGUCAAUAUGGAAGAAGAAUAUUUGGCGGUGGAUACAAAGAAAAAAAUAUGGAAACGCUGUUGGAAUGUCAAAAAGGCAAUGAGAAAUGCUGUACUACUCAAGAAAUAUACAAAACCAAAAAAGAAAAGAAAAAAUUGUAACUUGAAACGCUAUCUUCUAACCUUCUCCUAAUUUCAUCGGGUGUUGAAAGAACAUCAAGCCUCAAUGGGGUCGUGGCAGAGCAAAUGGUUGGAAGUAGGGACCGUAAGUUGGUUGUAGUUCAACCACCAGUAUUAAUUUUGAGAUUGAAGGAAGGGUUUUGUGUAGCAUCUGAAUUGACACGUCUGUUACAAAAAUGUGAAACAAGUAACAUGUCAUGUCA